CAGGCGUCGGCGGGAGCACCAAGCGACGGCGAUGGCUGAACUACCAAACUCGAACUACUACAAGUUUCACUCUUGCCUUUUCGUCGUCACGAAGCAAGAGAUGCUCCGUAUAUAUCUCUGGUUGUACAGAGGCCAGAGACAGUAUAUUGAGGAUUAUCUAAGAACUGAGAACUUAUUUGGACAAAUGCGCUUAGGAAGACACGAAAAGCUGUUGUUAAAUGAAAAGACAUCGGUGGCGAAUUUCGACAUAUCUUUUUUAUACAAGUUGUUGCAGUUCACGUGUGGCCUAUCGCCUGCGGGUGACAAGAUCUGGAAUGACCCUGAUGAGAGUCAGAAGGGAAGUCUGGAGUACACUCUGUACUGCCUGAAAGAUAUUAGGAAUGCCUUGAGUCACGAGUCAAAGGACUUGUUCUCCAUGACACAUGAGAAUCUUCGAGACCGUGAAAAGGAACUGUCACGGCUCCUCGCGAAGGCCCUGGAGUUGGCAGGAGAAAAGGCCAAGAAACGUGACGAAGCCUCCAGAGCCAUCACCGAAAUGAAGGACAAACUGCAGGCCAUUAUAUCCAAGCCCAUUUCGUCGGGAUUCACGUCGGAAAACUUCGCCGUCCUCGGAAGACAGGAAAUUAAGAAGUUGAACGUAAAGGCGAGUGGUUUCUUCGCGGAAGUGGUGGUCCAGCAAGCGCAGACGGCGACCACCGCCACGACGCCAGCGCCAGAGCUGUCCCUGAACCAGCUGCUGCGCUGGUCCUGCGAAGACACCAAACCGCCGAAUGUCAUCUUAGUGACCGGGGACACGGGCACAGGCAAGACCUCGCUUUGUCGACACAUAUUUGAUUCCUGGUGCUCUGGCGCUGACACCUUCGCCGACCUCCAAGACUGCGAUCUCGUUGUUUCCAUCCAGUGCUCUGAAGUGUGCACAAGCGACGUGGCUCAGCUGUUGAGUGACACUCUCCCUCAGACCGUGGCAGCUUGUGGUCCGUACGAGGUGCUGGAAAAGCUGUCUUCCCUUAAUGUCCUGUGGUUGGUGGAUGGGUAUGAAGAAGCCACGCGUGAAGCUAGGUCACUCCUGCAGUGCUUGGUGAAAAAGCGUGGCCUUUUACACACAAUCCUCGUUACGACGCGUCCUGAGCAUUGCAUCUUCAUCAGCAAUGUUGCACACAAAGCUUCCCUGUUGGAAGUACGUCUUCUGGGUCUCAGUGCGAGAGGUCGCAGCAUGGUGGUUGAAAACCUUUUACGAGAGCCUUCGCCUUCGAUGAAAAAGCUUGAAGACUUUGAACGCGAAUUGGGACGUCUGGAAGGCGAGGUAUCAAGAGAGCUUCUCAAUCCACUAAAACUUACUUUGACUGUCAAGCUGUGGAAGGAAGAUCGUAUAAACAUGAAAGAGAGUGGGACAUUGCCCCAACUCUAUAGUGUAAUCAAGAAAACUCAUACACAAAGCCUUUGUAUCAAAACGGAAAUCAAAACUGGCAUGACUGCUGAAGAAUGUGAAAGAAAAGUUAACAAAUGGGUUGAAACUUUAUGUGAAGAGGCUUUCAAGAUGUCAAAGUUGCAGAAAUAUAUGCAGCUUCCAGAGGAGGCACUAAACAGACUCCGAGACACAUGUGAUAGCCUCCGCUUAUACUCCGAGGACUGUUUCUCAACGUUUCUUGGGUAUCAGCCAAGUGCCCUCAGAAGUGGUCUUGCGUGCUAUUCUUUCCUUCACAACACACAGCAGUUUCAUUACGCCGCCGAACAUGUUUUUCUUUGUCUGGCAAGGAGUGAAGACAAAGUCAGCACUAUAUGCCAGCUAUUUAGUUGCGAUGCAUCUGGUGAAAUAGGGAGCCAUUUUUACAUGGUAUUGCUGCAUGUUGUGGCAUUAAUGACAGCUUCAGGAGCAGUAAAAAAAAAUGUUACAGAAGUGCUGGUCAGAUUACUUUCUCACUGCGACAGAUGUAUGUGGUUUGAAGUAAUACGCUACGCUGCCUAUUCAAACGAUAUUGUUUCUGAAAUAUGCAAAGUUAUGCCUGCUCAGUGGGGAGUAUGUGACGAUGAUGUUAAAGCUGCUAUGCAGUGUUUAGACCACACUUCGCCGGGUAGUAUGGUCAUCAACCUUAAUGGAGAUCCAAAGGGCAUUGAAGACUUUAUUCCAAUGGUCAGAAUGAUAGCGCAAAGACUGAUCUUUGUUCAGUUGAUCUUGCAUUACCACAUCUCUCAUCUCGAUUGUGAUGAAACCUCUAAUUACAUUUUAGAAAUCCUGUGUAACAAAGAUGCUCACUGUAGCCUCAUCAAGUUCAGUGGCUGUAUAAGUGGUAAAGGUAGCUCUUAUUUAUGUAAUAUGCCCAAACUCCAGAGUUUAGGACUGAAAGUUCUAAGGAAUAAGGACUUAGGGUUAAUCAUGAAGAGGAUAAAAAAUUUACCACGAUUGCAAGUCAUCCAAAUGAAUAUGGCAAUGCCACAACUCGAUUUACUAAAGGGACUAAGCAUAUCCCAACAAAUCCAAGUGGACAUAGCACUCCCAAAAGUAAAAGAAUACAAUAUAAACAAAACUGUCGAUGCAAUAGCUAAAAUAACUAAAAAGUAUAAUGAGAUGCGAGUUUUUUUCUGUGAACCUGAACAGAUGUUUAAGCUAACGACAGGAUUACAGCGAAAAAAAGUGAGAGUCGAGGCUUUGCAAUGGACAAUCACUUCAGAGUCUGGUGUUUUCGAAUGGCCAUGUGGACCUGUGCCCCUGGAUUUCCCCCCUGAGGUGCUGUUGGGAAUUCCAAACUUGCUAAAGUCGAUUAUAAUCAAAUGGGAGUGAGCUUACUUUUUUUCGUUGAGCAUAAAACAUUUCUCAGUGUUUUGGUAAACUCGCAGAAAUCUUGUGAUGAUGAUAUGUCACUUUCUUGUUUAUCUGAUAACUAUAUCUUAAAGAUUAGCUAGACAUGUUGCCAUAUUACCACAUCGAGAUAUGAAAAAUCACGUUCAAUACAAAUAUGUGUAACUCGGGAAAAAAAUUAUACAACCAAUAAAUAACAAUAAAAUAUAGAUGAUG